ACUACAACUCUGUCGAACUCUAUUUACAACACUGUAAGAUUUAUAAAGUUUUGGAGUUCUUUUUUUUUACACAAUUUUGAAAUUGUUUCAAAAAUUUGUGCUAAUCCUGGGGUGUCAAUUAGCUCACAAAGAUGUCGAGUCGUGGCCACAGUACGAAGGAAACCUUGCUUCAGUUGGUGGACGAUAUCGAAACAAUUUCAAAGGAAAUGUUGGAAUCGAUAAUUGCUCCUAAACCGGAAAAGCUGUCUCAUGCUGAGCAAACACAACUGAUUCAGUUGAUUAUGGCGAAAAAUGAGGAUUUAAGGGACAGUUUGAAGAUUGCAGAAGAUCAGGCCGAAAUAGACCGUAAAAUGUCCGACCUCGCUGUAGAAGUAUCCCGACAUGAUCAAGACAUACAAAUGUUACAAAAACAUUUAAAAGAAGCAGAGACUCUGUUAUCCACUGCCCUGUACCAAGCUCGUCUAAAAUUGGAUCAGAUAACCAAGGCACAGACACACUCUGUCAACUCGGAAGACCUUAUUCGAUUCGCUCACCGAAUUUCUUCCACAAAUGCUGUCGCAGCACCGACAAAUUGGCUCCCCGGCGAUCCGAGAAGACCUUAUCCGACCGAUUUAGAAAUGAGGAUGGGAUUACUCGCGAGAUUGAACGAACUCCCAAUGAACCAGGUAUUGGACUCCAUGCCUCGGGAAACCAUGAUGGGAAAUUCGAAUCCUUUGGGCAACCCCUUUCCUCCCUGGCACCCACACGCCCAUCAUUCUGGUCAGACGCCGGAUCACUCUGGUUCUGCCUCUUCCUCCAUGUUCCAACCCCUCGCUCAUGCCUCUGCCUCCCCACAUGUCGGUAUCGAUCCCUCCACGCGAAAUCAUGAAGACGUCGAAGUUAUGAGUACGGAUUCGUCAAGCAGUAGUAGUAGCAGUGAGUAGUUAACGGGGCAUUAUAGUUUGCUCUGGCCGCUCUAUCAGCCAAUACAGUCCCUCGCUCAAUAUUUCUCCCGUAUGUUACCCCAUGCAUUAUUUUUUGCACAGAAAAACAUUUUGCAAUUUUUCCUGAUUCGUCUCAUCUCGUCAUAGAGUAUGUGUGCCGGGAAGCCACCACCACACAUACUCUUCCCAUUGGAAACCACUAAAAACAUAAACAACUCCAGAUGAAUUUUGCAGUUUUUUUGCAAAAAAUUCAAAAUUCCCACCAAAGCUCGUGAACUUUUUACCCCACCGAGUUCAUCAGUUUCGCCACUAUGUGAUUUAUGAGGAUUAGAAUAACAUAAAAUAUUGUCAACUCUUAAUUCAUCAAGUUCUAGCUCGAGUGAUUUUUAAUGGGUAAUGUAUUUUUCUACUGUUUUAUUUUUAAGUUGUAUUUGUAACACAGAACAGAUUUCGUAUAAUUAAAAGCAGAAUUAUGCAUGUAGCAAUGA